AGGGAGUGCAUGGACCAGGUAAGGCGUUUCUUCUGAGCACGGGUGAACUAACACAUAGCAAGGGGCAAAAUGAUGUCCUUCAACUUAAUGACACUAUGUACAUGUGUUCUGCUUGUUCUGAGCACUAGUCUAUGGAGCUGUGCAACAGCUCAAAGUGAUGUAGCAGCAGAUUGCUGUUUAACCACCAGUGACCGGCGCAUUCCUCAGCGGGUGGUGAAGUCUUUCACCAUUCAGACCGGCAAUGGAGCCUGCAGAAUUCCUGCCACUGUGUUUCUCACAAAGAAGGGCUUGAAACUCUGUGCACCCUUUCCAAGCGAGAGUUCUUGGGUCAGUGAACUGAUUGACAUCAUACUUGCAGGACCAGUACGAAAACCCCCAAAACAUAGAGGAAAGAAACUGAGUAAACAGUAACAUCACAGAUGAUGCAGGUCCAGCAAGGUCUCACACUCCAAGCAUUCACUAUGGGACUUAUUCUACAACAGAUGCUGAUAGUAGGACUUUAAUAGAAAAUGCUGAUUCUCAGGUUUACUACAUGUGUACUUUGGUGUAGCAGGUCAAAAAGUGUGAAUCUACAGUCAUUGGAAUAAGCUUUUAAAAAAAUGAGCUGUUUUUGUAAUUAACAUUUUUAUUAAAUCAUACAAUAACAAUGAAAUGUACAACAUAUAGAUAUAUAUAAAAUCAAGAUUUAAACCCCACAACCACCCCCCCCCCCCAAAAAAACCCAACCCUGUGGUCAAACAUAAAAAAAAUAUAAAAAUAAAAAUCAAACCGACACACACACACACACACACACACACACAUAUAUAUAUAUAUAUAUAUAUAUAUACACACAUUUAUGUAUAUACACAUAUACAUACAUACAUAUACAAACAUAAAUACAUACAUACACACACAUAAUAAUCAUACUAACUAUAAUACACUACUCAAAAAUUAGCUAUUUUUGAGAUGUGAACCCCAUGCCAGGUGGUCAAUAUGAAGAGAUUUAAAGAUAAUAUUUCCAUCAUUAGUUAAGGUUGUAUUUUUCUCUGCAUUGUAUAAAGCUAACUGUAUGUUUUCUGAGCCACUGAAUGAUAAGAUGCUAUUUUUCUAAAAUUUUCACAAUUGUAUUUUGAAAUAUUACAAAGAUUUUAAAUGUUUAAUAUGAAAAUUGUGUGCAUUAUUUUCCCCCCCUGAAAUAUUAAAUAAAAAAAUACAAAUAAAAGGUGCAUUGUAAGUCAUUGAUAAAUAAGA